AUGCAUAUCUGCAUCAGGGUCGGAAUGAUCCUUCCCCAGGCCGCGGGACUGAGAGUUCCAUUCGGCAACCGGGAACAGCCAGUCGCCAAGCUAGCGGCAAAUAAGGGGAAGUGGAAACCUCGCGUCCGAUAUCGUUCGCCAGACGUUUAUGCUGGCAGGACAGUUCGAGGACUCCAAAUUAGACAGCUCGCAUUGACGGCAAGAAAAGAGUGGUUGAACCAAUCGAUAUCGGGAGGCGAACGUUGGAAACAGGAAGAAAGAAGGUUUUCGAGGGACGCAGAGGUCUUUCUUAGUCGUGGUUGA